AUGCGCGAAGCUCAUUCUUUUAUGGGUAGUGACUUGGAGGCAUGGGAUACCCGAUAUAUCUCACCCACUAGAUGGCCCUCAGGCCUUCAUGUACUAUCCAAGAGGCUUCCGGUAGAGCUCUCACUCUUUGAGGGGGAUCCAAAGGUCAUUAAUACUGUAGGCGUUUCAAGGGUACCUUUGGGAUCUCCAAAAAAACAAAGUCAAUUGAUAAUAUUCUAG